CCACAAUAAGAAAUCUUUGAAUAAUAUCAAGGUUAUGAGGUUAAAGUAAUUGGUUGAAUUCACUGCUUGGUAAACACUUACACGUAUACAUAUAAUAUUUAAAGCUUGUUUUUUAUAAGAAACAUGAUCUUUAAAAUUUGAAACAAUUCAUUUGAUUUUCACUUCACCACCAACUAGACGCGUAGACGCUUAAGCGAAACGUUUUAGUGAUGGAUUAAGUACAAUAUGUCAUUUUGCUCUUCCUUUUGAUGAACUCCUCAAUGUAUACUACAUGCAGUUCAUCGGUUCAAGAACGUGAAGAUGUGGAAUUGCAACCUUUCAUUAAAGUUGGCAGCAAGUAUUAUUUAGUGACAACUCCGGCCACAGGGAUGAAUUGGUUCGAAGCUAUUCAUUUUUGUCGUUCUUACAACAGUGAUUUGCUAACGAUUGAAUCACGGGCUGAAGAAAUAGCUGUAUUAUUGCACUUAAGGGAGUUAAAAUUAAAACGUUUUAGAGCUUGGACAAGUAUCAACGAUUUGUCGGUGGAAGGAACAUACAUGUCGCUGAAUAGUGGACGUCCAAUGAUUUAUGCAAUGUGGCAUCGGGGCGAACCGAACAAUGCGGGAGAUGCGGAGGAUUGUACAGAACUCAUGGUAGGUGGUACACCUAACGUUUUCUCUAUGUUCGAUAAUAAUUGCCUUAAAAGACAAAGGUAUAUUAUCUGUGAAAAGCGUUCACCGUUAAACAAUCGUAAUUCCGCCUCCAAAUCAAACUGUGAGAAUGUAGCAUGGAAUUGCGGUUUAAAAAAACGAGUGGAAGUAUAUCUAAACUCUGAUCAAAUAUAUUAAAGUGCAGCGCAUAAUAAUAUGUAAAUAAACAUCUCUGUUUAUUAUUUCGAAUAUAUAUUGAGCUUGCUUUGUG